UGAAAAUUUUGAGAGAAAGUGAGAGCCAUGGUGGGAACCUCAAGCUUCCAUUUUUUUCCAGUUUUUUUACUUCUUCUUCUGCUGCUGCUUCUUUCUUUCUCUCACUUUAACAGCAAUCAAUUCACCCAAGUUUUCACUUCUUUCUCCCCUUUUCGUCGAGAAGAGACCAAUCACACAACCACGACACCCCAUGUUUCCUUGGACGGGGUUUUAUCCACUUCCAUGUAUAAAAGCACUAAACACAAGGCUGCAACUAUCAAAAAGAAGAGCAACCCCGAGAGGAUUGAACAAGAUUUGGCUAAAGCACGAGCUGCCAUUCUCAAGGCAGUUCAACAGCAAAAUUUUACAUUAGAGAAACAAGAUACUUUUGUUCCAAGAGGAUCUAUUUACAGAAAUGCAUAUGCAUUUUACCAAAGCCACGCAGAGAUGGUGAAAAGGUUGAAGGUGUGGACAUACAGGGAAGGUGAGCCACCUUUAGUCCACAAUGGGCCAUUGAACAAUAUAUAUGCGAUAGAAGGGCAGUUCAUGGAUGAAAUGGAGAGCAAGGAAAACCCAUUCAAGGCUCGCCAUCCUGACCAAGCUCAUAUAUUUUUCUUGCCCUUGAGUGUGACGGGAGUGGUUCACUAUGUUUACAAGCCUAUAACCACCGUUAGAGACUAUUCUCGUGAUCGAUUGCAAAGAUUAGUGACGGAUUAUAUCAAUACUGUGGCUGCUAAAUAUCCUUACUGGAACAGAAGCCGCGGUGCUGAUCAUUUUAUGGUUUCAUGUCACGACUGGGCACCGGAAGUUUCACACGCAAAUCCUCAACUGUUCAAGCACUUCAUCAGAGUCCUCUGCAAUGCCAACACUUCAGAGGGAUUCAGGCCUAAAAUAGACGUCUCAUUGCCUGAAAUUUACCUACCCUUUGGAAAACUCGGUCCACCGGAUCUGAGCCGGGGUCCAAACAACCGACCCGUAUUGGCAUUCUUUGCUGGUUCACCCCAUGGCUACAUAAGGAAAAUCUUACUGGAGUAUUGGAAAGAUAAAGACAGUGAAGUCCAAGUCCAUGCUCAGCUUCCCAAGGAUGUGAAUUACACCAAAAUGAUGGGGCAAAGCAAGUUUUGCUUGUGCCCAAGUGGGUUCGAAGUGGCUAGCCCAAGGGAGGUGGAAGCCAUUUAUGCAGGGUGCGUCCCGGUCAUAAUCUCGGACAAUUAUACGUUACCCUUUAGUGAUGUCCUGAAUUGGAGCCAAUUCUCGGUUCAAGUUCCAGUGGGGAAAAUACCUGAAAUAAAGACCAUUUUGCAAGGGAUACCAGAUAGCAAGUACUUGAAGAUGCAUAAGAGGGUGAAGAGAGUGCGGCGGCAUUUCGAGUUGAACCGGCCGGCAAAGCCCUUCGAUGUAAUUCACAUGGUGCUUCAUUCAGUGUGGUUAAGGAGGCUCAACUUCAGGUUGUCACCUUGAUUUCUAACAUGGGGAAGCCUUGCCUUGUGAAGGACUUGUUUUUGAUUCGGUGCUCGUUUUCAUUCGUUAUGUUUUAUGUAUAGUUAUGGACCAAUUUUGGGAUCACCAAAGAGAAGAAACAAAAUGUACUAUAAGAGCAAUCUUUCAUCACAAAAUAUAAAUUACUACAUAGUUUCACUUUUACA